UAACUACCGGAUUAUGAAAUAGCGGUUUUCCAUUUAAAAAAAUGUAUCGUUUCCUAAUUAUGAGCAAGUAAGGUCGAUUCUGAACUAUAUAAGCUGGGGUUGAUACCGAAACUUUAUCUUGUGGUCUAACAACACCGAGCAACAACAUGAACACUCUUUUUGUAGCCAUCUUCGCCACUUUGGCUGUUGCCGCCAGUGCUGGAGGUAUUGGACCUCUUGGACUUGGAGUUGGAGGACUAGGUCUUGGAGUUGGAGGACUAGGUCUUGGACUAGGAGGUCACGGAAUCGGCUUAGCUGGUCCCGUCGGUUUAGCUGGCCCCGUCGGUCUAGCCGGUCCCGUUGGUCUUGGUCUUGGAGUACCAGCCCUAGGAGUCGGUGCUCCUCUCGGUUUGGGACUGGGACUUGGACAUGGAGUCAAAGUAGCCGCCGUACCCGUACCCGCCGUCAGAGUAGUUGAAGCUUCCGGAGUAGUCACUGGAGCUGGAGCUGCUGGACCAUCUGGAGUCGUUACUGGAGCUGGUGCUGUUGGACCUUCAGGAAUCGUAACUGGACAUGGAGCUGUAGGACCCACCGGUCCCAACGGUAGAGGUGUCGCCAUCGCUGCCCCCGUUGCCGUUGCAGCUCCAGCUGUAGCUGUAGCCCCCGCAGCCGUCGGUGUUGUCGGUGUUCCCGCCCUUGGUUUGGGUCUCGGUAGAGUCGGACUUGGACUCGGAGGACACGGACUCGCCGGAAUCGGAGGACUCGGAGGACUCGGUUUGGGAAUCGGUCACGGAGUCGGACUCGGGCUCGGACUCGGUGGUCACGGAGUUAGAGCUUGGUAAAUUGUUGUUGCCGUUUAGGAUUUUUUAAUUGUGAUGAAAAACUGCCAUGAUCUAUUUUUGUAUUUAUUUAUUUAGUGUUCAAUAAAAUAAGUUGCGUCAUAA